UUUAAUAGGCUAGCUAACCGUGAUGGAAAAUUCCUAUGCUUUUCAAAUCUUCGCUAAGUGUAUGCUUACAAUUCAAGAAGAUAAAACAAAUUUGUUUAGUGUAAUUGAUUGUGAUUGUUAUUUUUUUUAAGAGACCAUGGUUCAAAUCUAGAUGUUGAUACUUUUUUUAUAGAAAGUAGAUAAAUAAUUGCGAUGAAAAAAAUACUCUUCCUACUUUCACUCUCAUUUCACGAAAUUGGAAAUGAAAAAUAUUAAAACAUUGAAUAUAUCUUAUAGAAAGAGCUUCUUCAACCAGGUAAGAAGUGCAUUUUACCUGAAAUUAUUAUAUCUUAUAGAAGUGAUUAAUUGUGAAAUCGGAACUCAAGUAACAUUGAUUCAAACAUUAAAUAUUAAAUUGUAUGUGUGGUACAGUUUAGAUAAAAUACAUGUGUUAAGCCAAAACAUAAGUCUUCGUGACAUAUAUAGUAACUUUUUGUGACAAAUAUACACAUAAUAUAAAGAUAAAUUUGGCACUAUGACGAAAAAAGAGGUUCGUAGAAUCACUCUCAGACCACGAAAUUUAAAAGAAGACUCUCAUUUUCCAUUUUUUUAUGGUUAAAUCAAAUCGCAUUAAGAACCGACACCUAUAGCAAAGUGCUAUGGAGCCCUCAAAAACUUACAAUCCUGUACAUCAUAACCUCACAGAGAUACUCAACAAAAUGAAACAAACCUAACUUGCUAGCUUUCUACCCCAAGCCCCCUAGCUUCAAAACAAUCAACUAAGCAUUGGUUCAACAGACACUCAUUUUCCAAUUUUGUCAUUAUAUAAUGUAUAGAUUUGUCACAAAAAUGGCUAUACUCGUUACAAAGGUCCAUAUUUUGGUUACACUUCUGUAUUUUGUCUAAACUAAACUAAACUAAACUACACAUACAAUUUAAUAUUAAUGUUUGAAUCAAUACUACUUGAGUUUCGAUUUCAGAACUAAUCUCAUUCUAUAAAAUAUAAAUAACUUAAAGAUAAAAUAUAAAUAUGGAAGCAUCAUCACCAAACAUAUUCCUAGAGUUUAAUCAAAGAAACAACAAUAAAUAAAAUGUAGUCUAGUUGGUUAUAAUGCUCUUUCUUCAUUUAAUUGACCCAGGUUCGAACUCCAAUAAUAACAUUUUUAAUAUAUAAAGAUAAAGUGGGUGCAAUGACAAAAAUGACCUUCCUAGAAUCACUCUCAAGCCAUGAAAUUUGAAAUGGGAGAAUUUCAACCCAUUUUUGCCUUUAUAUAUCUUGUAGAUGCAGAAUUCGGAAGAGAACCUUUCAGCGGAAAGAAAAACAAACAGGUAAAUGCCACAUUUGAUCACUGAGAUUACUAAAUCGUCUCAUGUUUAGCCACUAGAAAAAUUUAAUAUCAAUUUUGGUCAUUGAAAUUACUGAAACAACUGGUUUUGCUGCGAAAUUGAACGAGACGUGACGGAGGACAUUUAAUUAAGACUGAAGAUUCCACGGGGAUAAUGGUUCGGGUUGGCGUGAAUCGGGUUAAAUGCUCGCUGUUGGAUUCAUCCAUUUGGAUAAUAUAUGUUUUGUUGAGGUUAACUCGUGAAUUAUCUUGUUUUGUGCUUAUGAGCUGUCUCAAUAUUAUAACAUGCAAUUCAAUUCAACGAGAUGUUUAUGAGAAAAUAUAUAUGUAUCUUAUGAGUUGGUUUGUUGAUAAAUUAUAAAUUAGUUAAAUCGUAUAUCUCAUCUAUGUGAUGUCUAAGACUUUCCGUACGCAAGUAAACAUGUCUCAUUUAUAAUUUAAAAUAGAAAUUAUGUAUCAUAAAUUAUUUAAAUGCUAAUUAGUAUAUGCACUAUUUAAAAUUGAUGAACUAAAUAACAUGAUACCAAUAUUGGUAUAUAAAUAUCACAUAUACCAUAUAACUAUAAGACACAAAAAUAUUAUGAUAUUUAAUUUAUGAAUUAUUUUAGAUUUUGGUUUAAGAGUUCAACUAUUUAAAAUAACUGAGUUGAAUUCGAGCUGAACUCGUAAUUUUAAUGAUGAGACAAGAUUUUAAUAAACAAUUAAGUUGAACUUGAGGUAUACUUAACUCCUUGAUAAACAAUUCGAAUUUAAUCAAAGAUAAAAUUCGGUUCGACUCAUUAGCAACUCUAGCCCAAUCCUUCUAUAAUAUAUAUCCGUUCUUCUGGAGAUUUUGAGCAUUUCAAAUUCCUUGCACUCUCCUUAAUUGUAGCUACGGGUAAAUUUGUAAGUUCAACUUAGAACUUAAAUAUCUUCUUACUAGAAAAAAAAAUUUCAUUACCAAGACUUGAACUUGAGUCCUUUAGAUUGAUAGUCAAUAUCCCUAACCAACUGAACUACAACAAUGUUUAUGUAUUUUUUGAAUUAAAGAGAGAAAAUGCUGAAAUAUCUCAAAAUCAUACUACUAUCCACUGCAACAAUCAAUCAUCGAAUUAAUUAAUAAUUGUAAUUAUUUACAAAGCGAGUUCCUCUGAUCACACAAUUCUUCACCAAGAAUCAAAUAGUACAUUUUGAGUUUAUGUAUGUCUUACAACUUUUACAUUUAUUAGGUUACAUGACUUUGCAGUUCGUAGGAAUACAAUGAUUGUUUACAAAAGUGCUAUACAAAAUUUUAUUUCAAAACAUAAAAUUUGACAUUUGUGAUAUAUGGUUUUGUAACGAGACAUUUUCAAUGAUAUAAGUGGAUGACCAAAAAUCAUUGGCUAACAAUUUCCCUAAUGAUUGACAAUUAUAAGCACAGAAUUGAAAGACUAAAUACCAUUGACAAAUGAGCCAAUUAUCAUUGGCUAAAUUUAACAAACAAUGGUAUGUGUAUAUACAUUGGAAAUUCUAUGGUAUGCUCAAUGGAUUGAGGGUAAUUGCUUCUCCUUAGUUAAAUAAAAUUAUCUAGACCAUAGAUUAAUCACGUAACUUGAUAACGAUGUAAUUGCACAUAUUUGCGCCCCUAGUUCUUAUCCGUUUGAGGGGCAUAGUCGUGUACUUUUGGCCUAUUUUACGCCGGGUUGUGCUAUUUUGUCAUAUUUCAGGUCCCAGGCGUCAAAGGAAAGGCUAAGCACGAGUUUCGGGGCAUUCGAAAGUCAUUUCGUCGAGCUGGAGCCAAAACACGGGCACACCUAAUUCAUUACACGGCCUUGUUCUCCCAAAACACGGCCGUGUUCUCUCCAAAACACGGCCGUGUUCUGUGGCCGUGCUUUUACUGCCGAGAGCUAAUUCGAGUUUGGCAAACAUGAGCUGAUUACACGGGCUGAAAGCACGGCCGUGUUCUCCCAAAGCACGGCCGUGUUUCUCCCAAUGCACUGGCCGUGUAAUUAACCCUAGCCAAAGCACGGGCGGGCUGAGGCAUUACACGGCCGUGCCCUCGACCGUGCUUUGGCCACUGAUGCCCUUUUAAGCAGAUUUUCAGCCAAAAGGAAAGGGGAGAGCUGGGUUUUGGAUCCCAAACACCCAAGGGACGAACCAAAGAGAGAGAGGGCGAUUUGAGGGCAUUCUUGGAGUGGAAUUGGAGGAUUUCUUUGCCUUGGAAGCUCGAGGAAGAAGCCCGGACUUGAAGACUGAUCAUCUGAAGAUUCUUACUGCAGUCUCUCUCUUCUCUAUGGAGUAACUUCCCUUCACUUAGGUUUUGAGGAACCCUAGCUAUGUUUGUUUGAUUGUAUGAUUGUAUGAGUACUCUGACUUGAUAAUCUUGAGUUCAUAUUCAAUCUAUGCAUGUUUUCAUGCUUCAAUUAUGCUUUAGUCGAGAUUAUUGAUUCUACUUUGAUCCUAUGAGAGGGAAUACCUGAUUAGGUCAAUAGAGCACCAUAGAUUGAUAGUAGUGGAUCGAUUGCUUUAGUCGAGGGUUGAUUCACUGCUUUGUAUCGAUUGAGAACCUCAUUCGAUAGAGGGAAUCUAGUUCAGAAUGCCUUGAUCAGUUGUUCUAGAGAAGGAUACGUCCCUCUAGGCAAUUGACUCAAGAGGGCCUUGUUCCUUUAGUCGAGACUCAAGGUCUAGUCAAGGAUUCUCCGCAUUGUGAAUGAAAGUGAAACAAGUUAGAAAUCAUCAAUCGUUAGUCUGGCUAGUGGCUAGGGGGAAUCAUACCUAAGUGAGUUCCCAACCUGUAAUUAGAUUAACUUUAACUAUAGUUUGCUAGAGUAGUUUUAGUUCUUUCAUCUUGAUCUGGUUUGCUAAAUAAUAAACUGAAGCUGAGUAAUAGUAACUCUAGAGACCCGUGGAUUCGAUAUUUAUCACUUGAGCCACUAUACUGCAGUCCCUUCCAUUGGUUACGCUUGGCCAUUGUUAGGUGUUGUGUCAUAGCGAGUCAAGUUUUUGGCGCCGUUGCCGGGGACUUUCUAGAUUAUUAGGAAAGGCAGAAGUUUGUUACUUUAGCGUUUUUCUUUUCUUUUCCACCCUUGCUUUUCACUUGGGUGUUUUUGUUUCUGUUGGUGCAGAUUUGAAUCAUGGAUCCUCAUGGCUUCUCCAAUCAUUGGGGGUAUCCACCACCAUCCGAGUGGUAUUACCCCGAGACUCCCUGGAGCAAUCAAGGAGGAGAAGACUAUGGAUUCGGGUUCAAGUACCAACCCCCUUACUACGGAGAACAACCGGACCCCUGGGCAUAUCAAGAACAAGCUCAUUACCAAGAAGAAUUUCUCCCACAACCAGAAGGGCCAUCGGCGCUGGAGUUACCCAUGGCGGCCUUCACGGGCUAUUCUGCAGAGCCAUGCUACACUCCACAGCCAGAUCCAACCUACGAAUUGAGGCUUCUCAUGGAGAGAUCAUGCUCCAGGAUGGAUCAUUGUGUCCAGGCCUAUCGUGAAACAGAGGAGAUCCUCUUGAGCCUUAAGAAGAGCGUCGAUGAUCUUGAGCGAUCUUGGGCGCAACCUGCUCCAGAUCACCCUUCUGCUACCAUACAAGAAGAGGAGGAGGAAGAAGAAGGCUACAAGGACAUUGUGGAGCACACUGAAGUUGUCACGGAGAGCUCCCGUGAUGAUCAUGAUCAGGAGUGUCAUGUCGUAGCCGACCGCACCUUCCCACACCCCAAAAUGAGCUUUGAAGAGGCGGGCAUGAGUGAGGAGAUGCAAGAAGAUCUCAUGAAAGAAAUUGCUUGGCAAAUUGCUCUCCAAUCCGUGCUAGAAGAAGAAGAAGAGCAAGAAAGGGUGCAGAAAGAAGUUGUGGAGGAUGACGAAAGUGAAGCUGGAGGAGUUCUUGAUCAUUUCCCAGGGGUGAUACCACAUGAAGAAGGAAGGGAGGUUGAAGAAGCAAUUGGCGUCCAGGCUGAGGACGAAGUUGAGGUGGAAGAGGCUUGCACUGGCCAUGAGUUGCAAGUGAUAUCCCCACCAAACUUUGAGGAACUGCUUAGCAAGGACCCAUUUGCAGUGUUUCUUUGCCGGACCAAAGCCACAUCGAAAUCGGUCCCUCUUGGUGGACGCGAUGGUGGCCAAUCGAUGCUGUCAUAUCUGGUUUGGGGAAAUGAGACGAGAGAAGAGAAGAAGAGGUCUCGAGGGUGGAGACUUCAUCUGCAUCAAGUACAUGAGCCUUCAUCACCUGUCACACCACAUGCUCGUUACUUGAGACUCCACCUCAUCAACGAGAACCUCAACUUCAAGGAGGUUCUAGCAUGGACCGAAACUUAGGAGCCAUCGUCUGGCUCACGACGUGAAAGAAGCGCUUGUUGGGAGGCAACCCAACCAGUCGGUUUGCAUUUCUUUCUAUAUUUCUCCUCGGUUGAGUCAGUUUUGUUAUUUGAUUUUAGAGUCAAUAACUCAACCUUUGUGAGAUUUUGUGUGGUGUUUGUGUUCUGAUUACUCUCUCUUUCUGGAAUGCACCGCCUGACCCGUUCAUCAUCAUUCACUCUUGAUCUGGUAACUUCGUUCUACCCUCCUUAUCUUUCCUCCAUUGAGGACAAUGUCGUGCUUAAGUGUGGGGGGAUGUUCGAUUAUUUAUGCGGGUGAAUGUUUGGCUGUUUGUGUGCUUGGAGCCUAGUCCACUGUCCAAAUUUUUAAAUUUGAGGGCUCCAAGUACGUUCCCCUUGCAAUUGCCUGCUCAGUAUGCUUUGAAUUGACAGUCUUUAUAGUAAUAUGCAACCUAGGGAGGUAGUGUAGCACUAUGGAGGAUGUUGAUGCAUUUUAGAAAUCUCAUUUCUUCUUCAUAUUGUGUUGGUUGAUUGAGUGAAUUAGUGAUCUUAGGACCCUUGAAUUGUGUGGUGUUGUGGAUUCUCUGCCUGUUGGACUCUUGUAUCAUGCUUUGAAAAUAACAGGUGCUCGAAAAUGUGCUUCAAAAUAACGUCUCCCGUGCGAAUAGGGCGAAAGUGUGUAAGGGGAGACGGGAAUCCGUUCCCAAUUUCCACCUACUACCUCCAGCCCCCUUACAUGUCUUUCCCCCACACGAGGCUCGAGACAUCCGCUCCUGGCAUGGCCGGUAAGAGCCGGUUGGGACCCUUGAAAAAAAAACACAGAAAACAAGCAAAACAGAAAGAAAAGGGGUUCCAACCAUCUUCAAAGAAUAUAGAGCACCUUGAAAAAUGUGAGUCCAUGAUCUUUUGUUUUUGAGAAUCUCUUCAUCCACAAUUCAUUUGUCCUCUGUUCACUAUUUGCCAUGAUGCCGACUCGAUACUAGUGCUCUCGCCGAAGGAGCUAUGAGAUGACUUGUGCGUCGGUUGACCUCGUAAGCUGCUAAAUGAUCUAGGAAGUCCUCUACCUACGAUCUGGGUUGUUUGUUGCUAUAGAGGUCUGGAGAGUUGCAUUGGUUUGAGUUAGGUUUGCUUGGGGACAAGCAAACGGUUAAGUGUGGGGGAGUUUGAUAACGAUGUAAUUGCACAUAUUUGCGCCCCUAGUUCUUAUCCGUUUGAGGGGCAUAGUCGUGUACUUUUGGCCUAUUUUACGCCGGGUUGUGCUAUUUUGUCAUAUUUCAGGUCCCAGGCGUCAAAGGAAAGGCUAAGCACGAGUUUCAGGGCAUUCAGAAGUCAUUUCGUCGAGCUGGAGCCAAAACACGGGCACACCUAAUUCAUUACACGGCCGUGUUCUCCCAAAGCACGGCCGUGUUCUCUCCAAAACACGGCCGUGUUCUGUGGCCGUGCUUUUACUGCCGAGAGCUAAUUCGAGUUUGGCAAACAUGAGCUGAUUACACGGGCUGAAAGCACGGCCGUGUUCUCCCAAAGCAUGGCCGUGUUCUCUCCAAAGCACGGCCGUGUUUCUCCCAAUGCACUGGCCGUGUAAUUAACCCUAGCCAAAGCA